AUGGUGCCCACGCCCCGAACAUACGCACACGGCCUUCGACACCAGAAACCCUCGCUCGAGAUCGUGCCCGACGAUCGCUUCAUUGUCUUCCACGGCACCGAACAUGAGGCGCAGACAGUCAAGCUCACGGGUCGCGUGCGAUUGCAUUGUCCCGAAGCCAUGAGCAUUCUAAAGCCGAAAGUGCGCUUAGAGGGCAAGCGGAAGAUCAGCUGGUGGUACAUGGGCGGCAUGUCGGCUGGCGAGGUCACGGACAAGAGGCUGUUUUGGAACCAGGAGCAGCGACUCGGCAUUGAGAGUGCACACAAGGUCAAGGCAGGCACGAUCGAAUGGCCCUUCGAAUUCGAGCUGGACCCUUCCAUGCCAGAAAGUGUCGAAGGUCUCCGAGAAACAUACAUCGCCUACCACAUCCAUGCGAGCGUCUCACGGCCGGGGUGGAACGCCAAGGACCUCAUGGCGCAGGAGCACAUACGCAUCGUGCGGACGCUGGGUCAAGAUAGUAUGGAGAUGACGCGUUCGCGCGUGAACGCCGACAUCUGGGCCAACAAGAUUUCCUACAGCAUUUCCAUACCAACGGAUGCUGUAGUGUUCGGGACCUCGAUCACGGCAGAUGUCGAACUGUCGCCGAUCAAGAAGGGUCUGCGGUUAGGCAAGAUCGAGCUUCGCCUCACGGAGACAGUCGUGAAGCGGAUACAGGUUGCCGAGGUGCCUGACAUCCGUGGAGACCGGUCAAAGACCGAAGAGACUGAGGUCGCGAAGACUGACAUGGAGUUUUCGGAGCAGUCCCGCAUCACAUACGAAGAAGAGACCACGGAAGAUCCCAUGAUGGCCGACGAGAUGUACAAGUUCAAGGCGACACUACCCUUGCCCAAGUCACUGAACAUCUGCCGGCAGGAUGUGGACUCACACAGUAUCAACAUCACUCAUCGCUUCAAACUGAUGGUCAACAUCCACAAUCCGGAGGGCCACAUCUCGCAGCUGGUCUGUCGACUUCCCGUGAAGCUCUUCAUCUCUCCCAACCUGCCAGUGGACGAGAGCAACGAGGUGACGGGCACCAUCAACGGUGUUUCUGAUGAACAACUCAACAGCAGUGAGACCGCUGUAGUCGCCCCACCAGAGUACGGACGCCACCAAUUGGACCAGAUCUAUAGCGGCAUUGACCCAAGCGGCUUCAUGAGCAGAGCAGGGAGUGGUCCAGGAACACCAGCUGGACUGAUGGCGCAGAGCAGACGAGGCUCGCACGAGAAUGUGCUGUCCAUGAAUGGCAUUGCUAAUGACGACCCAUCGGCUCAUCACGGCAGCGCCAUGCCACAUCUGCUGCAUUCUCGACUAGCGAACCUUCAAGAUAUGAAUGGCUCGAGCAAUAGUGCGUCGACUUCGAACGGUGUCUCACGAAACCACAGCCCCUCGGGUGGUAGCACUCCUGCCAACGGGCUCUCCGGGAGCGCAAAUGGCCAUUCACCAGAACAUAGCAUCCACCAAGCCUCGGGCUCGGCAACGCGAAGUGCAGGCUCGUACUUUCCGGUCGGAUCGCCGUCUGCAUCAUAUGGCCAUUCUCCAAAUGCCAGCGCACCCAUGUCGCGUCGGACCUCCGAUGAAGUGCACCCAGAAAUUGUGCAUACGCAGGACUACAACAUGGAUGACCUGGUGCGAGUGCCGUCCUAUGGCGCUGCGUUGCGCACUCCUGGAGCCGUCACGCCUUUCACAGAAGUUCCACCGAGCUACGAGUUUGCCACGUCUCGACCGCCCAGUCCAGGCAGCUUAAGUCCUGUGAUCCAGAGACCAGGCCAGGCGCCUGUCAGAACCGCGAACGGUACUGGCGCCAGUACCCCGACUGGUCAUAGCAGUCAGCAGACCUUGACAACGCCGAUGGCGGCAUUAAACCUGAAUAACAACGUCAGCAACGGGAACAGUGCGCAACGCGCACCGGAAUCAGCACACUCCGCGCACGACGAUGACUCGCGGCUUAGAAUGCUGCGCGCUCGGAGCUAG